AUGACCUUCUUUAUCCUCCCAGGUGAGAUCAGAAACAUAAUCUACAAAUUUACCUUGGAGGAUGACCUCAAGCUACCUCUAUAUACAACCCAAAUCGAAAAGGCCGGACAUACCGGCACCGUUCCUUACCAACACUUCAGAACACAGCUGGUUAACCUCACCAGGUUAGCCAAAAUCUGCCGCCAGAUUAAGGCAGAGGCCAUGGACCCCUUUUACCACUGCACCCAGCUAUACGUGUGGCACCAACCGCACACCGGAUUCUGGCCGCCUAUGGGCCCUUACACCGACUACGAGCGCACGAUGGACCUAAUCAAGAGUGAGCCCACCCCCCGGGAAGCCAGACACGUCCGCUGGACGGUGAUUUUGGUCAGCGACGAGGAGGUCUUCCACCCAUACCACCACCAAUUCAUCAACCGGGUGAGAAUGCGGUUCAGCACCGGGCCCGAUACCAUGAGGCCCUACCGCGGAGGAGGUAUCCCCUAUUGGCUCCGAGACAGCCUCGGGAGGCUCGAAACACUCCGCCUCGAUCUAGACUGCAGGAGAGACUGGCUCGACCUCUGCGCAGAGUCUGGCUGGCUGUACCCGCUUUACCUCCGCGUGAAGAAGUUCACUCUUUCACUGAACUUUGCGGAGAAGGAUGUGUAUAUCGAAAAAGCGCGCAUGUCUCGCUAUGUGCUGCGGGGCAAACCUAAGGAGAUGAUGUUGGAGAAGAAUAUCCUUAACCAUUUGCUUACUUUGCCCGAGGACGAGUAUAAAGAUGCGCCCAACCUGCCUAUCGAGAACCAUUUCGGAGCCCUCGAUCCGGAAUGGUCUCGCUUGUAUAGGACCUAA